CUUUUUCGAAAAAGAAUUCCUGGACACUGUAGAAAUCCUUGAGGAAGAGUGAUAAAGGCAAGCAUGAAGCCUUCGUCUCACAGCUGCAUGUGUAGUUGCUGGUGAAGCAAAUGCCUACUUAAUUUGACAGUCUGGGUGUGUUUAAAUUUUUUGCUUUUGCAAAUAAGCAAAGCUUGCAAAUAAGCUCAACCGAUGGAGCCUUCGGGCAGUGAACAGUUAUUUGAGGACCCUGAUCCUGGAGGCAAAUCCCAAGAUGCAGAGGCCAGAAAGCAAACAGAAUCAGAACAAAAGUUGUCUAAAAUGACGCACAAUGCUUUGGAGAACAUUAAUGUGAUUGGUCAAGGCUUGAAGCAUCUCUUCCAGCACCAGCGCAGGAGGUCAUCAGUGUCUCCACAUGAUGUGCAACAAAUUCAGGCAGAACCAGAACCUGAAGUGGAUCUGGAAAGCCAGAAUGCGUGUGCUGAGAUUGAUGGUGUCUCCACCCACCCCACAGCUCUGAAUCGUGUUCUGCAGCAGAUACGAGUGCCGCCCAAGAUGAAGAGAGGCACGAGCUUGCAUAGUAGGCGGGGCAAGCCAGACGCCCCCAAGGGAAGUCCUCAAAUCAACAGAAAAUCUGGCCAGGAGAUGGCAGCUGUUAUGCAGGCCGGUCGCCCCAGGUCUUCAUCCACCACUGAUGCACCUACCAGCUCUGCUAUGAUGGAAAUAGCGUGCGCUGCCGCUGCCGCUGCCGCUGCCUGUCUGCCAGGGGAGGAGGGGACUGCGGAGCGAAUCGAGCGCUUGGAAGUAAGUAACCUCGCCCAGACUUCCACUGCAGUGGCCUCCAGCACCGAUGGCAGCAUCCACACAGAUUCUGUGGAUGGCACCCCAGACCCUCAGCGCACGAAGGCUGCCAUUGCCCACCUGCAGCAGAAGAUCUUAAAGCUCACAGAACAGAUCAAGAUCGCGCAGACGGCCCGGGACGACAACGUCGCCGAGUACCUGAAGCUUGCCAACAGCGCCGACAAGCAGCAGGCGGCCCGGAUCAAGCAGGUCUUUGAGAAGAAGAAUCAGAAGUCCGCCCAGACCAUCCAGCAGCUCCAGAAGAAGCUUGAGCACUACCAUCGGAAGCUUCGAGAGGUGGAACAGAAUGGGAUCCCCCGGCAGCCAAAGGAUGUCUUCAGGGACAUGCAGCAGGGUCUGAAGGAUGUGGGGGCAAAGGUCACUGGCUUCAGUGAAGGGGUGGUGGACAGUGUUAAAGGUGGCCUCUCCAGCUUCUCCCAGGCGACCCAUUCCGCAGCAGGGGCCGUGGUCUCAAAGCCCAGAGAGAUCGCCUCGCUCAUCCGGAAUAAAUUCGGCAGUGCAGACAACAUCCCUAAUCUCAAGGACUCUUUAGAGGAAGGGCAAGUGGAUGAUUCAGGGAAGACUCUGGGGGUGAUCUCGAACUUUCAGUCAAGCCCAAAGUAUGGUAGUGAGGAAGAUUGUUCCAGUGCCACUUCGGGCUCAGUGGGGGCCAAUAGCACCACGGGAGGAAUUGCUGUAGGAGGGGCCUCCAGCUCCAAGACAAACACCCUGGACAUGCAGAGCUCAGGAUUCGACGCACUGCUCCACGAGAUCCAGGAGAUCCGGGAAACCCAAGCUGGACUAGAGGAGUCCUUCGAGACCCUCAAGGAGCAUUAUCAGAGGGACUACUCGUUAAUAAUGCAGGCCUUGCAGGAGGAGCGGUAUAGAUGUGAACGAUUGGAAGAACAACUCAAUGACCUAACCGAGCUCCACCAGAAUGAAAUCUUGAACUUGAAGCAGGAAUUGGCCAGCAUGGAAGAAAAAAUUGCAUAUCAAUCCUAUGAACGAGCUCGGGACAUCCAGGAGGCCCUGGAGGCCUGCCAGACCCGCAUCUCCAAGAUGGAGCUGCAGCAGCAGCAGCAGCAGGUGGUGCAGCUGGAAGGGCUGGAGAACGCCACGGCCCGGAACCUGCUGGGCAAACUCAUCAACAUCCUCCUGGCGGUCAUGGCCGUGCUCCUGGUCUUUGUCUCCACGGUGGCCAACUGCGUGGUUCCCCUCAUGAAGACUCGCAACAGGACGUUCAGCACUUUAUUCCUCGUGGUCUUCCUUGCCUUUCUCUGGAAGCACUGGGACGCGCUCUUCGGCUACGUGGAGCGGUUCUUCUCGUCCCCCAGAUGAUGGCGGCGCCAGAGGCAGUGCGCCCCCACCCACCGGCGAGUGCAUGCAGCGACCACCUAGACGGCACCUGACCUACGCUGACGUUUUCUACGACAACAGGAGUUGAGUGAAUCUGUUUACAUUUAGAAUAAUGUUUUUUUCUUCAAGAAACGCAAUUGCAAUAGUAUUUUUUAGAUUUUAUCCAAGAUGUUUUUUGGGCAAAAAUCUUGGGUCAUUUUUAUGUAGCAUGAUUUUCCUUGGGAUGCAAAUCUGAAACAGUCCUUAAACAGGACCCACCACCCUGGAGCACGCUGAAGGGCAUUCGAAAUUGUGGCUUGAAGGACUGCACUAAACCCCACUAAAAACACGCGACAACCCGAUUAGGGAAACCAGUUAACCCUAACCCUGCCGUGUCCGGGCGCCCACCUCGCCCCUCCCAGACUAACUUUACUGUGAAAUCCUGCCACAUUCCAGGUCUGAAUUUUGGAUUCAGGGUGGAUGUUUCUUGUCCGUGGAAGAACACGUGGAUGUCCCGGCCCUCUCACCCAAGUUGGCCAUUCAUGCUGACCGAGGAAGUGUGACCACUUUUGCACCUGGUCCCUUACCCCCGGCUCGGAGGCAGAAUUGAGAGCGCCAGUGCCCCAAAGGGCCACCGCUCAGCCCUCCUGCAGUAUUCUGAAGUAGCCCUCGAAAUACUUAAUUCUAAGCAAAAUCCCUUGGCCGCACUUUCAAGGUUUUUUAAAAUAUGUGUUUAGUCACCGGUUUAAAAAACAAAAAAUCCGAACAGCAUACUUGAAGAAUGUAAUACUCAAACUCUCAGUGCUUCCUUAUGGUUUCUAAUAGGAUUUUUUAUUGUUGUUAUUAUUAUUACCGGGUUUUUUUGGAAAGGGUUGGGAGGGUCUUUUAUUUUUUCCUUCGAAAUAAAGAAGUGAUCUUUUUAAAUGAAGAAAUGUGUGGAUAUUUAAGUGUGCUGCUCCCUCUUGUCUUGAAUCAGUUUGAGUAAAGGAAGAUGUGCUGUCAGCGC